AUGGAACUGACAUGGUUGAGUGCCAUUCUGGUGGGGGCUGGUUAUCUUGCUUUAGGUUACUUCAUUGGUUCUCGGUAUCCCCCUCGUUUCCUCCUCUCACGUAAAUUAUUGACCAACCACAACGAUGCUUCACUUCUCAACGACAGCGACAAUAAGAAGAGGAAUAGUAAGUCCAAACUCAAAGACCCCCUUCAGAUUGAACAACUAGCUGACAUUCUCGAUGAUUUUAAGAUGAUUCUCGUUGUCAGGAAUGAUCUUAAAAUGGGUAAAGGGAAGAUUGCUGCUCAAUGCAGUCAUGCAACGUUAGGUCUCUAUAAAAAGCUCCUUCACCGAGCACCAAAGGCUUUGAAUAGGUGGGAGAUGUCUGCGCAGCCAAAGGUUGUUGUCAAAAUUGAAAGUGAAGAAGAUAUGCUGGCUUUGCAAGAAAGGGCUAAAUCUCUGAAUUUACCCACCCAUAUCACAAUUGAUGCUGGGAGAACGCAGAUUGCACCAAAUUCCAGAACAGUGAUGGCAAUUCUUGGACCUGUUGAAGUAGUAGAUGAGGUAACAGGUGGACUGAAACUACUAUAG